AUGCCACAAGGUGUCAAAGUAAAGAAAAGCAGUUUGAAGCCUAGUAAAGCGGCUGUGCAAAAUAAAGCCAAGGUUGCAGUAAGCAAAGAUUUGAGCAGCCCGAGCUCAUCGGAGGAUGAAUCAUCUCAAGAUGGGGAACAGAUAGAUUCUGAAGAAGAAGAAGAAAAAGAAGAAGAAGAAGAAGAAGAAGAGGAAGAAGAAUUAUCGGAAUUGGAUGAAGAUGAUGAAGUAGACGUUGCAGAUGUUUCUAGUGGUGAUGAAGAUGAAGACGAAGAAGAAGAAUUGGAAGCGGAAGAGGACGACGACGAGUUUCCAUUGAAGAAGAAGCAAAAGAAGAAUAGAGAUGAUGGGUCUGAGUCAUUUGCCAAUGCAUUCAACUCGAUCAUCAACUCCAAAUUGAAAGCUUAUGACAGGAAAGAGCCUAUACUAGCGAGGAACAAAACCACGUUGAAGAAGCUUGAGAGUGAAAAGUUGGAGCUUAAAGCGAAGAAGGCGUUGCUUGCAGAGAAGAAGCAAUUUAAGGAUAAACAUAGAGUGAAACAGCUUUUACCGGUGGUUGGUGAGGGAGAAGAUCCUCUGCAGGUGCGACUGAUUUUGGAUAAGGAAAAACAGAUGAAGAAGAUUGCUCAAAAGGGUGUUGUGAGGUUAUUCAAUGCUAUAUUGGCGACACAAGUGAGGACGAAUGUAGAGGUGUCAAAGGAGAAGGUGGGCCAGGCAAAGAGGGAGGAGUUGAUGAAUGAUGUCUCAAAGGAAAAGUUUUUAGACUUGAUUGCUGCUGCUGGUGAAGACUGA